UACACAAUGGCCCUUACUUCCGCUGACACCCUUCCGUUUCCCAUAGCAACGGAGGGACGCUGCAGCAACUGGUGGACUGGACAACGACGGUCCAAAGCUACUAGGUAGCUCCUUCUAAAAUGGCUGAAAUUGAGGAGACUUUGAAGAGAAUUGAUACACACGAAGGUGUGAUUGGCACAAUAGUCAUAAAUGCAGAAGGUAUUCCAAUCAGAACUACGUUAGAUAACUCAACUGCGGUCCAGUAUGCAGGGCUGUUGCGCCUGCUGACCAUGCAGGCUAGGAGCAGUGUUCGGGACAUUGACCCACAGAACGAACUCACAUGUCUUCGUAUUCGCUCAAAAAAACACGAAAUUAUGGUGGCGCCAGAGAACGAGUUUCUGCUGAUUGUCAUACAGAACAUCCCGUGAGAGUCACGCUUCCCUCUGCCCCAGUCAUCUACCCGGAGGAUAAGAACAACAAACAGUUUAGUGUUUUAAUGUCCACGUUUCUCACUACCUAGUGUGCUGCUCACUUAGUCGUUUUUGUGUGUCUUUGCUUGUUUUGCAUUCCCUUGAUUUGUUUUUGGAGACUGAAUAAAAAUGUAAUUGGGAAUACAUUCAGCAGAAGUAGAGUUGUAUUCACCAGGCAAUUAAGUCCUCCAAUAAAACCACACGACACCGUGAGGACUGAGCUUAUAGGAUCAGUUAUUUCCUUGUGGUAAUAGAAGCCGCAGGGGGACAGUCUGAGCAUAAUGACACAUUUCUAGUCAGAUAUGAGCUUUUUAUUCACGCAUCUGCUGCUGGCUAACAUCUUUUGGUUGUUAAUGUUCUAUUUGUACAUUAAUGAAUUCUGGAGUUCAUGCAGAGGUCCUGGUUACACCUUGUGCUAGUCACAUGGGUAAGCUUUCACAUGAACCCGUCGCGGUUCAUGUCCUACAGCAGCUGCUGAUGAAUAACUAACUAUAAAUGUAGAGAUGUGCCAAAAUAACUUGCGGUGCUUCUGAUCCUCACCCUGACCGUAGCCACACCAACUACAUUAAGACAUUAUGCAUGAAAGUAACAAUCCUUUUCUUAUCCUUAUCUAAUGUCGAAAUCCAAACUUUGGUUGAUCAUUCCUCAAACGGGACGGUAAAGUUGGUUCUAAGCCAAGAUUUGUAUGCAUCUAAUUCAUAAUAUUGUUUUUCUGAUACACAGAAAAAAUACAAGUUAUUUAUAUUAUUAGUAUUUUAUUGUAAAGCACCAUCAGAAUAUACAGUGAUAUUUGUUAAUAAAUAGUUCAUUAUAAUUGUACAACUCAAAUAAUAUAUCACAUAACAGUCGAUUUAAACAAAUGGCAACAAAAAGAAUGAGUGUGAUUUCAUGACCUGUUGACGGACUAAUUUCAACUGGACAGUGUCUGUCCAAGCCUCUGGUAACCUUCAAUACAGAUGCAGGUCCAAGAUAAGAAAAUAUUUGUUUCCUAUUUCAGACAAUAUGAGUAU